AUGGCGCUAAAUUUCCUCCUCAAGUUUCUCUUCCUCGCCUUCGUGCUACUUACGAACGCGGAGAAAAUUUGCAAGCACAAGAUUUGCAUGGAUAUUUCUGAGCCAAGUCAGCCACCAGAGGAGCCGCCGCCGGAGGAGCAAGAGUUCCUUUGUCCCUCGGACGAAGCGCAGUUCCUGCAGCAUCCGCACGACUGCUCCAAGUACAUCCUCUGCUUCCACCGAGUGGCGCACGUUCGCCACUGCGCUUCUGGCCUGGAGUGGCACGGCGCCAUCGAGCAGUGCAACACUCCCGACCAGGCGCAGUGCUCGCCGUCGCAGUGCCCCAUUCCGGACAAUCCCAACCAGCCCGUGUUUCUCUACAACGACAACCAGUGCGGCGCCUUCGCGCUGUGCGUCAACGGGAUGCCGCAGUGGCGCUCCUGCGCGCCCGGAUUCCACUGGGAUCGCGUGAAAAACUUGUGCACGACACCGCAGAAAGCUGGUUGCGAGGAUUUUGAAGAACCCAUAGAGCUUGAGUGCUUCCCAGACUCUCCGCUGAGAAAUCCUCAUCCGACUGAUUGUAAUCUGUACUUUUUCUGCUUUGACGAAGAGCCUGUCCUGUCCAGUUGCGCCACAGGACUCUAUUUUGACUACAUCACGAGAAGCUGCAUGUUGCCAGAGGAUGCGCUCUGCUAUGCGCAUAUCGGGAAGCUUGAAGAAAUGAAAUAUAAUUAA